AUGGAGCCACGCCUUAUAGCGAUUUUCAUGAUAGCUCUUUCAUUUCCACACUUUGUUCAGUCCUUGGUGCGUCAUUACAAUUUUAGUGUGGUAUUGAAGAAUGAAACAAAGCUUUGUUCAACAAAAUCUUUUGUCACAGUAAAUGGAAAAUUCCCAGGGCCAACUAUAUAUGCAAGAGAAGAUGACACUUUAAUAGUAAAGGUCACUAACCAUGUUAAACAUGAAGUUACAAUCCAUUGGCAUGGAAUCAAACAGCUUCAGACUUGUUGGUUUGAUGGGCCGGCAUAUGUCACACAAUGCCCUAUUAAGACAGGACAAAGCUUUGUCUACAACUUUACCAUCACAGGUCAAAGAGGCACACUUCUAUGGCAUGCACAUAUCACCUGGCUAAGGGCUACAGUGCAUGGUGCUAUUGUCAUUUUGCCUAAAAGACGCGUUCCUUAUCCAUUUCCCAAACCUAACAAAGAAAAGAUAAUCAUUCUAGGCGAAUGGUGGAAAUCAGAUGUUGAAGCUGUGGUUAAUCAGGCCACAAAUUCUGGUCUGCCACCAAAUAUUUCAGAUGCUCAUACAAUCAACGGUUAUCCAGGACCGGCUCCCGGUUGCAUUUCCAAGGGUUACACUCUUCAUGUUGAAAGCGGCAAGACCUAUCUCCUACGCAUUAUAAACGCAGCCUUAAACGACGAAUUAUUCUUCAAAAUCGCAGACCAUAAACUAACAGUUGUUGAAGCAGAUGCAUCAUAUCUCAAACCUUUCGAAACCGACACCAUAUUUCUCAGUCCAGGCCAAACCACAAACGUUCUUCUAACCGCCAACAAAAAUUUCGGCAAAUACUUAAUAGCAACAACUCCUUUCAUGGACGCACCCAUCGGCUUUGACAAUGUUUCUUCAACUGCUACACUCCACUACAAAGGAACACCACCUUAUACCAAAACAAUCUUAACAAACAUUCCUCCACUUAAUGCAACUCCAAUAACAAAAACUUUCACUGAUUCUCUCAGAAGCAUUAACUCAAACACCUACCCUACAAAAGUUUCAUCAACCAUUGAUCACUCCCUUCUAUUUGCUAUAACAGUUGGGCUUAAUCCAUGCGAUAAAUGCACCAAUGGCAACAAAUUUGUAUCUGCUAUUAACAACAUCACCUUCUUGAUGCCUCAUAUAUCACUUCUUCAAGCACAUUACUACAAUAUCAAAGGAAUUUUCACCGACGAUUUUCCUGCGAAUCCACCUAUGGUUUUCGAUUACACCGGAACAAAUCAACCUGAUAAUCUUCACACCGAGAACGGUACAAGAGUUUAUAGACUGAAUUUUAAUUCAAGUGUUGAAAUUGUUCUACAAGGCACUGCAAUGAUAGCACCGGAAAAUCAUCCGUUUCAUUUGCAUGGGUACAAUUUCUUUGUUGUUGGACAAGGUUUGGGAAAUUUUGACCCUGAAAAGGAUCCUUUAGGGUUUAACCUUGUUGAUCCAGUUGAAAGAAACACAUUGUCAGUGCCAAAUAAUGGUUGGGUUGCAAUCAGAUUCAGGGCAGAUAAUCCAGGUGUUUGGUUUCUGCAUUGCCAUUUAGAAGUGCACACAACAUGGGGACUUAAGAUGGCAUUUAUAGUAGACAAUGGGAGAGGUUUCAAUGAGUCUAUACUUCCACCGCCUAAAGAUUUUCCAAAGUGCUAG